CAUGUCGAGGUGAAAGUGCGAGCUGCUGCUGCCAUUUUUCCGAGGCAGUCUUUUUGAUGAGUUCGGCAACCAGAGCCCGAGUGUGAGUUUGGUCGUGAGUCUUGCGCCUUUUUGUUUCAUAUUCUGGCCUGCUGAUACGUCCUGGGCACUGAGGUUUGAUUUUUGGGCGGGUUAAACCGGCUCCGCUCUGCUUUGCUCGGCUAGCUAGCGUUAGCUGCUGCUGUAAACAAACCGCCAGAGCCAGAGAGGGAAGACUCUGGAGGUUUGUUAGGCACUUUUAGCCACUAAUUCACCACCAGAGCCAGAGAGGGAACACUCUGAAGGCUUGUUAGGCACUUUUAGUCACUAAUUCACCACCAGAGCCAGAGAAGAGGCACUCUGGAGGUUUGUUAGGCACUUUUGGUCCAUAGUCCAUCUACUUAGGCGCUGAUAUAACGUUAGAGAGCUGUCGUUUGGCUGCAGGAGGCUGUUUGCUGCUGCUAGUCUGCCUCCCACUCCAGUUUUGAUGACAGUGCGAGUUUCUCCAAAGCAGCUCGGAGCUCAGCGGCUUUAGGGCGGCUCGGAGUCAGUCCGCUCACCGGCCCAGCGCGACCUCACACGCCGGCGGCAUGUCGUCCUUCUCCGAGUCCGCCCUGGAGAAGAAGCUGUCGGAGCUGAGCAGCUCCCAGCAGAGCGUCCAGACCCUGUCCCUGUGGAUCAUCCACCACCGCAAACACUCCGGCCUCAUCGUCAAAGUGUGGCACAGAGAGCUGAAGAAAGCUAAAAGCACCAGGAAGCUGACCUUCCUGUAUCUGGCUAAUGAUGUCAUCCAGAACAGCAAGAAGAAAGGACCAGAGUUCACCAAAGACUUUGAGUCUGUGCUCGUCGACGCCUGCUCACAUGUGGCCAGCGAAGCAGACGAGAACUGUAAGAAGCACAUGGAGAGACUCCUGAACAUCUGGAAGGAGAGGAGCCUCUACAGAAGUGACUUCAUUCAGCAGCUCAAACUGGCCAUAGAAGACUCCAACAGCCCCAGACCCUCAGAAGAGAAAAAAGCCGUAAAACGAAGUUAUCAGAAAAUCCAGGAAGAUGAAGACGACGAGGACGACGACUACAGAAGCCACAUUUCUCCUCAUAACGCUGAUUCCUCUGCUACCCAGCUGACGGAGGAGCUGGUGAAAGCCCUGCAGGACUUGGAAAACGCUGCAUCAGGCGACGCCGCUGUUCGUCAGAAGAUCGCUUCGUUGCCACAAGAAGUUCAGGAUGUUUCUCUGCUGGAGAAGAUCACCGACAAGGAGGCGGCGGACAAGCUGUCAAAGACGGUGGACGAAGCCUGUCUGCUUCUGGCCGAGUACAACGGGCGACUGGCUGCAGAGCUGGAGGACCGCAGGCAGCUGGCCCGCAUGCUGACCGAGUACAUCAGCAGCCAGAAGGAGGCGCUCAUGGAGAGAGAGAAGAAGCUAGAGGAAUACAAGCAGAAACUGGCGAGGGUGACUCAGGUGAGGAAGGAGCUCAAGUCCCACAUCCAGAGCCUCCCUGAUCUGUCCCUGCUGCCCAACGUUACCGGAGGUUUGGCGCCGCUGCCUUCAGCUGGAGACCUUUUCUCCACCGACUGAGAGAUCUCUGCCCAGACAGACUACCCUCGUGUCCCUCCCCCAGCAAGACUCAACCUCACAUUUGACUCUCAGAAGUCCUCCCAGCUCGUGACACGUGUGGUCAGCAGAAAACCCACCUGCUGAGGAACCUGCAGGACGAGGAAGGAGGGUUUGGUGAAAGGAGAACAGAGACUCCGUCAGCCUGGAUUUAUUUCCCCAUAACCGGCUCGGUCAUCGAGGAUUCCACUUCACCAGCUUGGAACAAGUUUCUUUCCUGAUUUUUUUUUUUUUUUUUUAAAGUUUAGUUUUAAGUGCUGAGAUGUCGGCGGUUUGAGGGGAGGGGCAGGUGGAAGCAGCGAUGUGUAGACAUGAAUGUUGUUUGUCAAUCGAAGCUCCUAUUUUUGGUUUAGCGAGCGAAGGUAGGCUCUCUAAGCUCCUAGAGGUUGUGAUGACACUGUGAAGGGGAUGUACCGUUCAUUAGUUUUAUUUCUCGGCUAAUUAGAGGAAAUCUCAGAUGGGGUUCAGUAUACGUUGCUUUUUGGUUGUUUUCACAGCUGUUACACUCAUCUCACCGACACUUCGUAGAGUCUCAUUAAACAGAACAAUGUUUUGAAGUCAAGAGAGGUUUUCUUGUUUCCCUUUGCAAGCAAUUUUUCUCAUUUUUAGACAAAAAAAAAAGAAAGUGAGCAACUGCUUUCAUGCUUCAAAUUGGCAAAGCAAAUCCUGGAAGUUAGAAAAAGCAUUUUUCUUUCAGAGAAACUGUACUGUAAAAGACAGUAUCUUCUGAAAGAGGGAGGAAAUUUCUGCGAAAAAUGAAAGAUAAGUAUUAAAAGUAAUAAUUUUUAGCGUCUGUAGGGCUGAGCAAUAUGGAAAAUAAUCAACAAGAUGUUCAAAUAUAAACAAAGAAAUCAGGACGGGUUACAUUAAUGGCACUAAAUUUAAUAAGAAAAGAACAGAAUCUGGUUGUAUAGAAAGAAAACUAUGCAUAAUAAUAAUAAAUCCCUACAAUUGUUGCAUAUUGCUCAGUCCUGUUUGGGUGUAGCUGUCCAGUAUUUAAAUAUUUACCAGACCCUUUUAUGUAUGUUUUAAAAUAGGUGAUAAAUGGCAUCACACGUCUAAUCGUUUAGAUUUUAUGUUUGAGAACUCCCCAAGUAAUAUUUUGGUUUAAACUCUUGAAACUCAAAACAACAUUCAUCAUUUGUUUGAGUCGUUGAUUUUCAGUCGUCUGUAAGAAAAAAAGAUGCAGUUAUGGAGAAGUUUUCUGAUAAAAAGGUCAGCGAUGUUCAACCAGACAAAGCUCUCGUUUUGUCAAAACUUUCAGAAGCACACGGCGGCUCCUGCUGCGGCAGAAAAGAGUGUUUCCUACAAUAAAAGAAGAUUUCAGCAGUGGAAACGCUCCUGCUGAUGCAACAGGAUCUGUUGAGAAAUGCUGCUGCUAAUCCUUCUCCAUAAACUCUUGUGUCUCCUGGCAAAAUAUCUCAAACAGCUUCAGCUUUGCUUGUUGAACCAAAAAUGUGUGGAUGUAAUCAUUAGUGUCUUGGGCCAGAUGUCAAAUAAUCUUUCAGUAGCUUUGGAUGUUGAAUGUCAAAUUUUGAUGCAUCAUUUGAUUUAGUCCUGAGUUAAAUAAGUGUUGAAUACGACUGCUGUGUACCGGGAAGGAUUCCAGCAGCAUUUUAACCCAGAUGUGCUUCACUGUAGAUAUUAUUUAGAUAUUUUCUUACCUACUUGCGGUGUGGUAUGCACUUCUUUCUGUGGAAUCAUACUGUACUACCAGGACUCCACCAGUAGGGGCAGCGAUUUUCUGUAAUGAAAGUGAUUCAGUGGACGCCAAUAAACUGGAACCAUUUGAACAAA